AUGCGUUUCAUUCUUGGCCUUUAUAUAUUUUUUUUCGCAGCCAUAGUUGCCAGUGCACCAUACCCUACUGUUCUUCCCCCACUGGUCGAUCCCUUUUACGACAUUCCUGAUGAACUUGAAUCCAAGAAUCCUGGUGAUAUUCUUAAAUUCCGGAAGUCACCCCACAGGAUUAGAAGUAUUUUUCUCCCAGUUGACGUAAAAAAUGCGUGGCAAAUGAUGGUUAGGUCAACUGAUUCUCAUGGGAACGCAACUGCUAUAGUUACCACUUUGAUUGAGCCAUUUAACAGUAAUUCUUCUCGAUUGCUACAAUAUCAAAUUGCUGAAGAUUCUGGUUCUGUUGAUUGCUCUGCUUCCUAUUCUUUCCUAUUUGGUGCUAGCCCGGAUACCCUUGCCGCACAAGCAGAAAUGUAUUUCAUUCAAAUUGCGUUGAAUGAAGGUUGGUGGGUCAAUGUUCCUGACUACGAAGGUCCCAAGGCAGCGUUUACCGCUGGCAGACAAGCGGGACAUGCAGUAUUAGAUACCCUCAGAGGGGUGCUUAAAAACACUAACGAUACCGGAUUAAACCCUGAGCCUGAAGUGGUGAUGUGGGGUUAUUCUGGAGGAUCAUUAGCAACAGGUUGGGCCGCGGCACUCCAACCAUUAUAUGCUCCAGACCUUUCUCCAAGAAUCAUUGGUGCCGCUCUUGGGGGUUUUGCCUCUAAUAUCACUACUACAAUUAUAGCAAUUGAUGGUGGGUUUUACACUGGACUAGUCGCAACAGGGGUUACAGGGUUAAGUAACGAAUAUCCACAAUUGAAACCAAUUAUCCAAAGAGAGGUUCCAGAGAAGUUCAAAUGGAUAUAUGAUAAAGCUGGGAAAACUUGUUUGCUUCCUUCUAUACUCUAUGGAAUGUAUGCACAGGUAUUUAGAGGAAGUAAUCGUUGGAUACAAGCCGGUUAUUCUUUACUUAGUGAACCUGUUGUAGCUGAUGUUCUACAUAAUGUAACCCUUGGAAUCAGUAAGGAAGAUUUCCCUGAAAUUCCUAUAUUUAUCUACCAUGGCAUGAAGGAUAAUAUAGUGCCUUAUAUUAAUACUGAAAGGAUUUAUGAUACCUGGUGCUCGUGGGGCAUAAAAUCAUUGGAAGUUGCCGCAUCAGAGAACACUAGACAUGUCACAGAAAUGGUUGGUGGAGCUCCAGCAGCAUUUGCUUGGGUAUCUAAAAGGUUUAACGGAGAGUCUACAGUUGAUGGGUGCUCCUUGACAAAACGCUCAACUAACCUUCAAUAUCCAGGUGUUAGCAUGGCUAUAGUAGAGACUCUUCAAGCAGCGGCAAAAUCAAUACUUCAAUUCAAGAUUGGUCCUUCAAGUCCAACAUUGGACAAAAGGGGAUUGAUUGAUUAUGAUAUGAUAGUUGAAGCACAACUUGCUGAACUGUACAAAAAGAGAACCUUGAGAUAUUAA